AUGGCGUCGGUCAACUCUUCGAAGUCCCAUCGAUUCGUUGAUUUCCUCCCUUCAAUUAGGCCAUCUUUUCUUUCAGUGGUGCUACUUUUUGUUUGCGGAUGUCUCUGGGUGAAGAAUGAAACAACCAACGAGCGACUGAUAACAUUGGAAAUGCGCAUCAACAUGUCUCCAGUGGUUCUUGUUGAUACUGGCUGCACUAAGGAAAACUGUGAAAGAACGACUCGUAGGCCAAAAGAAGAUUCCACGAGAUAUCUUUUAAAGAAAAUUCAGAGAGAAAGCAAGUUCAGCGAUACAUCAGGUUAGGGGUUAGAUCACCAGAGUACAAAAAAAUUUCCCUUGUUUUUUUAAACUAAGCUUAUUGUUGGGGGAAUUUCAUUUAAGCCAUACAAGCGUGUGUGGAGCCAGCGGGAAUGGAUUUUUAGCUCCUAGCUUUUGGACUGAAAUAUGUCAAAAUUUUGUGCUUGCUGGAACCAGGGCCUGGAAAUCGGUAUGCUCUCUUGUGAUGUGUCUCUUGAGAAACGGGUAGUGUUUCAGUUCUGCGGUAUGUCGCACACCCCCAGCCGACAUUUUCCUGAAGUUUCUCAGGGAGCUUAUCGUAUUAUGCGGGCAAGUUGAGUGACCCUGUGUUCGAGUCUCAAAAUUGUUUGCUUAAUCUUGUAAGUUCAAAUCAUUGAAGAAUAAGUGCAUAUUAUAAGGAUAUUAUGAGCAGACAGCAAAGCUCCACCGGCUUUAUAUAUAGUUUUCACAAUGACGUCGUCAAAUUGUAAAGUCAAAAUACCGAGGUUUUACGAAUUCUUAUUUACACUAGGUUAAAGAUAAACAAAAAAUAAAUCUUUGCACAAGUUUGCAUUCCCGUAGCAUAUUUCAUUUCGAACAUACAGCAAUUUGAACUACCGAGUUUUUACAGUGCGUGACGCCAAAAUAGGAAUGCUGUCUUGUUGAAAAAAAAAGCCUCUCCUCUUGAUUUUUAGGAGUAUAACCAUUUCAAGUAUUAGAAGAUAUGUUUAUGCGCACGUAUGCCAGUUCUGGAGUUAGAAGAAAGAGCUUUUUUAGAAAAAGUGAACUCCAGAUGUUUUUGUUGAUUUCCGGCGGCCAUAUUGGUGCACCAAAAAUGUACACCAGUAUGGCGUCUCCAUACAAAGCUUUACAAAGGUGCAUGAAACGUUUCGGCAAAUAACUCAGAAACUGUGGGCCACAAAGACCUGUAACUUGGACAAAUCGUUUAUAGCGGAGCUCCACCCGUACGCGAAGCGCGCGCGUGGACGGAGCCCCAUAGCUAAGGAAAUGUGGUAAUCUACCCAUCCGAGAAAAUUUGGUAAUCACGUGACCGUACGCCCGACCGUCCGUCCGCACCACAGGGCAACCAAUGUUUACUCUCACACUUUCUAGCCAGUUUGGUAGCCCAAUAGAAAACUAAUUGCACAUCAACGUUGUGAUCAGUUGACAGCUGUCAAAACAGGAUAUCCGCUGACCAGUAUCACCUGACCGUAGCGCGGGCUCAAGUGUCGACCCAUCGAGGUCGAGUACUUUUUUGAAGUUAUCCGCUGACAAAUUACCAGUUUCAAAUGAUCGCAGGCUCAAGUAUAUUUUUUCCAAUGGCUCAUAUGAAAUAUGUCGUGUUUAUGUCACUAUGGCCCCGCACUGUCAAGAUUUUGAUUUCAAACUGACCUCGGACGCGAAAAUUCAGCCACUUUUUUAAAAAUAAAGGCGGGGAAGACCUUUUCUUACCAUUGUCACGCGUUGGUCACGCUCUACGUCCAAUUUUUGUACUCUGAUUGGUCAAAAUUUGACAGGUGAGUUCAUGCUGAAAAUUUAUGCAGCAUCUUGAAAGUUGCUUACUUUGACAGCUAAAGCUGACAGAGUUUUGUGUCAACUUGUGAUGUUUUUAACUGUCUUUUUCCACUGGAUGUACAAAAUGAAAUAUAGCUGCUAUCAAGAGUCUUCUGUUAUCCAUGGCUGGUUUGUUUAUUGGGUUUUUGGUUGAGAAAUGCGUCGCUUGUCAAAAUUGGGUAAUCCGAUUUCGGAUGGCAUCGUUUUCGUCUUUCACCUUGCUCAAUGCGUAAGAGGGUUUAAAAGUCUCAAGCAACUAUGGCCUUCCUUGAUAUCUUUCAGGAACUGAAAGAUGUUUUGAUGUUUGUUUUUGUUAUAUCUAAUUUCAUGAAGUCGAGCACAGUUUAUGCGGCAAGUUUUUGCACGUUUGUUAAAGAUUUGAGUCAAUGAUCUGAUCUAGUAUCAGGUUUGAUAUAAGCUUACAGAACUUUAAAAGGCCUUCAGAUAGAUUUUCUCAGGGCAUAUAGAAAAAAAACGUUCCGAAGAAUAUUUAGCUAUAAAUUUGGCUGUAGAAAGAAAACUUUGAGUGAUUUUCUUGCUUCGAGGAGUUCAUCUUUGGAAAAAAAAAAAACAAACACCGGGCAGCCGGCUGAAAGUAAAAACAUAGGCACGUUAAACGUGCAUGAGCUAUUUUGAAUGCUUCAGUGUAACUUUAAUGCUUCGGUGAUUAAUCUACCUCUUUCAUCCUAAAUGUAGAUUGGGUUUUCAUGCGAAAUUGCGUAUUGCGGUACAUAAAUGAAAACGCGAAACGCUCUGCUGAGUCGAUCCUCAAGCUCUAUGUUCACUUUCCUCCGUCCUUCCCUGUUACAUCAUGCAAGUUAAACAAAUCAUUAAAGUGAAAUAAAUUUCUACUCACCAAACGUUGAUUAGAAGAAAAACUCUAAGGUUUCCUCGGAGUUUCUUAAGCCAAAAUGUAACUCAUCUAAUACUGAAUAGUUACGAAAUACCAGGAUUUUUAUCAUUGUGGUAGAUGGUUGCAUCAUAAUAAUUCACGAGGUUUUCACGUGCGAUUCUACUCAGUGAAACAUGUCUUGAACUCCGACAACUUAUUUCUUCAUGUUUUAAAAGCUAUUGCUUCUCAAAAGACAAGAGCCUUUUUUAAGGCAUUGGUUACAAAACGAAACAGGUCUUCAUACGUCCAUGUUACUAUUUAUCAUUGUGAAAAGCCAAUCUGCAUGAGAUGUACAGUCACACAGCUGGCACGUGAAAGUGUUGGACUUUGCCCCAUUUCGUCGUUCGUACAUGAGGGAAUUCGAAUUAUCAUUCAGUAAACUAGUAAACAGAUUUAUAAAAAUAACUCACGCACACAAUUUGCACGUGAAGAUGUUGGUCUUUGGCCCUUUUACAAUUCGUACGUUAAAAAAAGGCAAAUUGUUGACUAUAAAAUUUUCUCAAACGAUUUUAAGAAAUCACCUCGGCUUCAUUAUAACAUCUGCAAUUAAAUUAUGUUUCAUGCAACGUCAAGGUUGAUGCACCGUAUUCACAAAUGGCGGACACGCGGGAAAAAGCUGGUGCCUAGUCAUGAAAGCGAGGCGUUGGAGGGUAAACAAAAAUUGCAAAUGAUGACUUUCAGUGAACUUGCAGAGUGUUUAGCACGGAUUCCACCUAAAAUAACUUUUUACGGACUUCUUUUUAAAUACAAUUACGCGGGAUGUCUUCUGCUUUUAAUGUUUAGUAGCUAUUUGCUGUUUGCAAUCAAAAGGGACGCGUAUAUCUUCAGGAAACAGGAUGAAUUUGUAGGUUUCCGAAGCAUCAGAGGCUCGAAGAGUAGGCGAUUCGCUGGAGAAAAGCGGCAAACAUUUUGGCCCAAACUUCUGAAUUUGAUAGACUCGCGUGUUAUUAUUGACGCUGUAAUCCAGUAAUUCUAAAGCAGUUUUUAGCGUUGCUUCCCUGUGAAAUGUAGUGUAUAUAGUGAAAUGUAGUAUAUAUAGUGGAGGAUCAAAAAUGAGUCAAAGUGGCAGUACGACAACAAAGCCUGUGCCUGCUCCUCGAAGAGGGAGAAAGCCGAAAGAGCCGAGGGCUUUGGACAAAUUGUAGAAUGUGCGGCUGUUGUUUCAAAACACAGUUCGGCAAUUUUACGAAUGGAUGGAUAAGCUCGGAAAAUGCGUUUGUUGCGCCUACCAGAAAAGGGGAAACAUUACCAAAGUGGACCGACCUACUGAAAAACGAACUUUUCGUUGUCCUCGAGGAAGGAGAAUUUUUCUCCACAAGAGCACUUUGCUCUCCGUGCGAAACAACGGUUAGAAAUUGCGCAGGGAAAUUGCACGGCGAUGCUUUCGCAAAUUAGAGAAGAACUGAACACGCCAACUGACAAUGAACAAUUAUUGCGAUUGAAAAGAAUGAGUAAAUCCCCUCAUUCCAAACCACGUCUUGGUGAUUUAGCUCUGUAAAUUACUAUCUGUGAGAAUUUAAAAUCCUUCCAAAAAUGCUAACGAGCUGGGCCCAGCGUGACAAAACAUUGCAGGAAAAAGUCACAUUCACGGGACACAAAGAAAAUGGCUUAAAAUUAUUCAAAUUCAGGUGGCACUUUGGAGAAAUGAAAUAACCUAAAACCCUUAAUCAGCCGCAAUGAAGAGCUUUACAUUUCUAAAGGGGCCAAGAAAGAAAAUGCUCUUGCGUCAGAGGGCAAAUCAUGCCUACCAGAGAAAAUCAAUAUGCGUGUCACGACCCGAGUCAGUAUGAAAUAUAUUUAAUAAGCGGCCAAAACUCACAUUUGCUCAGUCAAAACGUUUUCCUCCAAAGCAUAAUCUACUCAACAGAGAAAAGAAUUCAUUGGAACAAGCGGCAUGUUUGCAUGAGGUAAAAGUCGUGUGUUUCCUACCGAUCCCGCUUUUUUAGCCAGGAGAGAUAACAAUGACGGUCGGCCGUUGCACGAAACUUGAAGAACUCUUUGCAUGAACAAACAUCCGAUAAAUAAGGCUUUUGUCAAAUCCUGUUGGUAGAACACAGAAAACAUCCUUUCCCCUGAGUAGCAACUCCAAAGCUUCGCUCUGCUCCGAUUUUAAAACAAAUCCCAAUUCUUGCGAGCAAAUCCAGGCGAUCAACAUCUGUCAUUUUACAGCGAAAGCUUUAGCAAUUCAUCACGGUAUGGAACAACGUGAAUGACAUGUUGAAAACAUUACUUGACAGCUUGGUGACAGCCUGCAUCGAAAUUUAGCCAAUGGGAAUUGCCCGUGGCUGGGAGAAGCGGGUAAUUCGAACGAAUAUAACGUAUGCAAAACGGACAGUCCGUAUUUUUAGCGUCUCUCCCCAGUCUCGCUCUCUGUUUUCAGCCUCAUUCCAGACCUUUUGUUUGACUGCUCGCGCGUACUUGAAUACUCAAAAAUACGGACUGUUUUGCAGUCUAUUGUGAAUGCGGUGUAUAACCUAACAAAAUUUUAUUAACAUUUGUGAAACAGUCUUUAACUCCUACAACUUAUUUCGUCAUGUUUUAAAAGCCACUGCUUCUUAAAAGACAAGAGCCUUUUUAAGGCAUUGGUUACUAAACGAAACAGGUCUUGAUCAUACGUCCAAGUUAAUAUUAUUAUUGUGAAAAGCCAAUCUGCAUGACAUGUACAGUCACACAGCUGGCUCGUGAAAGUGUUGGACUUUGCCCCCUUUCGUGGUUCGUACGUGAGGGAAUUCGAGUUAUCACACAGUAAUCUAGUAAAAAGAAUUAUAAAAAUAACUCAUGCACACAAUUUGCAGGUGAAGAUGCUGGUCUUUGGCCCUUUCACAAUUCGUACGUAAAAAAGAGGCAAAUUGUUUUACUACAAAAUUUUCUCAAACGAUUUUAAGAAAUCACCUCGGUAGCUCCGAUCGCUGAACUUUUUUUUCUCAGCCAUCGCAGCCAUCACAGCGAUCGUAGCGAUAAUACGGAAACCACCCUUAAGUUAUGCAUCUUUACUAAAUAAAAUACGUUUCAAUAACUAUAUUACUUAGUAAUAAGGAAAGAUGUAUCACGUUGUUCACUUCACGAAAAACGACUGUUGAACUUUGUAAGCGAGAAAAUAAAGAUUGUUUACACGAUUAACAAUACUCGGUACAACUUCCAAAACAAAUAAACUGCCUUUCAAACAUCUACAACCAAAGUCCAUACCUAAAUACCAAUUAUUGUCUCACUGGAAGAGCUUUGAAAAUAUACGAUCUUUUAUACUCUACCUUGAAGCACAUGAAACACAACUCAUAAAUACGUGCGUUAAUACCGUUAACGAUAGCCGAAUUUGGUCAGAAAUGUCUUGAAGUAGCUUCAACACUAAAAUAUGAACCCUUAAACAACUGCAUCACUGUACACAGCGUUUGAAUAAUGAAGAUAUUUAAUAUAAUGUUUCCAAACACCUGUAGCCGUAAUAAAAGACGAAAAAAUUGUGAAGAAUAAAGAUGGCGGUCUCAAAGUGCCCUUGUUCGACCUUUACCAAUGUCAUGUUUAAGUAGAUGCUAAGAUCUCAUUGGUUCCUAAGCAUCAACUAAUAGUACCUUCAACCUUAUUGGCUCUUGCAACAAACAUCCGAACAUACAAAGUUACAAAGAUACAAAGUUACAAAGCCACAAAGAUAGAUACGCUCACACCACUGACAUAUGAGCUAUUUUCUCAAAAUAGCUCAAUAAGACGUAAACAAACGUCCUUAUUAAAUUCAACACACUUAAAACAAAAACUCAGCACUUGGGUAUAUGAUGAACAAACACUUGUUUUCUUCGUAAUACACGAAGAAUCCACCUUAUUCAAUCUCAACUCUAUAAACUCACAAAACACCUCUUUCAAUAAGUCAGCAAAAAUAGUCCGUUCGAAAUAAAUGCUCACAAAAGAAUUUAGUGUUGUACCUAUUGCUGACGGCGUAUGCGUUGUAAGCAAACGAGCAUUAAAACGAAUACUGUGUUUUGGCCCAAUAAUCGACAAUAUUUGUAAGAUCUACCUUGAUUAAACAUAGGCACGUUUAACGUGCAUGAGCUAUUUUGAAUGCUUCAGUGUAACUAUAAUACUUCGGUGUAACCUUACCAAGAGUGAUGAAUCUACCUUUUUCAUCCUAAAUGUAGAUUUGGUUUUUGUGCGAAAUUGGGUAUUGCGCUGCAUAAAUGAAAACGCGAAACGCUCAGCUGAGUCGAUCCUCAACCUAUGUAUUCACUUUCCUCUGUCUUUCCCAAUUACAUCUGGUGCAAGUUAAACAAAUUGCUAAAGUAAAAUAAAUUUCUACUCACCAAACGUUGAUUAGAAGGAAAACUCUAAGGUUUCCUCGGAGUUUCUUAAGCCAAAAUGUGACUCAUCGAAUACUGAAUAGUUACGAAAUACCAGGAUUUUUAUCAUUGAGGUAGAUGGUUGCGUCAUCAUAAUUCACGAGGUUUUCACGUGCGAUUCUACUCAGUGAAACAGUCUUUAACUCCGACAACUUAUUUCUUCAUGUUUUAAAAGCUAUUGCUUCUUAAAAGGCAAGAGCCUUUUUUAAGGUAUUGGUUACAAAACGAAACAGGUCUUCAUACGUCCAAGUUACUAUUUAUUAUUGUGAAAAGCCAAUCUGCAUGAGAUGUACAGUCACACAGCUGGCACGUGAAAGUGUUGGACUUUGUCCCCUUUCGUGGUUCGUACGUGAGGGAGUUCGAGUUAUCACACAAUAAACUAGUAAACAGAAUUAUAAAAAUAACUCUUGCACACAAUUUGCACGUGAAGAUGUUGGUCUUUGGCCCUUUUACAAUUCGUCACAGAUGGCACGUGAAAGUGUUGGACUUUGCCCCCUUCCGUGGUUCGUACGUGAGGGAAUUCGAGUUAUCACACAGUAAUCGAGUAAACAGAAUUAUAAAAAUAACUCAUGCACACGAUUUGCAUGUGAAGAUGUUGGUCUUUGGCCCUUUUACAAUUCGUACUUAAAAAAAAACGCAGAUUGUUUACUACAAAAUUUUGUCAAGCGAUUUUAAGAAAUCACCUCGGCCUUAUUACAACAUCUGCGAUUAAAUUAUGUUUCAUGCAACGUCAAGGUUGAUAGCCUGACAUUUGGAAAAGAAAAUUAUCAAACUGCCGAAAUAUAUAUUUCUGCUCAUAUCAUGUUACUCCACUCAAUAAAGCAGUACCUAAUUAUUGUGUCAACUAGCUUCUUCCAAUUUUAUUUCCUAACGCUACUGUUUCUACCUAAGUUUAUACGCAUCUUUACUAAAUAAAAUACGUUUCAAUAACUAUAAUGCUUAGUAUGCAGGAAGGAUGUAUCAUGUUGUUCACUUAUUAUUCCUUUUUGUUGUUGUUUUGCCGGAACGAAAAAGGUCUGUUGAACUUUGUAAGUGAGAGAAUAAUAUUUCUACAGCUUGUUUACAGGAUUAACAAUACUCGGUACAGCUUUUAAAAAAUAAGCUACUUUUUAUUUUAUUUAUUAUUUAUUUAUUAUUUUCCCACAAUAAAGAUUACACAAGCAUUACAUUAUACAAAGAUGUGGCGAGGGGACCUCAGAAAACCACAAGGCUUGUACGAGGAGGCCCCCUCGUUACAAUAAUAUUAAGCAAUAGAACUAUAACAACACACAACAACGGACAGUACAAGACGCAUUAUCGAUAUAGUAGAAAAUCAAAAACUUUCGUUUUAAACGAUUGCAAUGUAAAAAUCGAAGUGACUGAGUUUGGUAAAGAAUUCCAAAUUUUAGGGCCUUGGAACAAAAUAGAAAAUUGUUUGGUGUUAGUUCGGCAGGCAUGAGAACGGAAAUGCGAGGAACUUCUAGUAUUAUAAGGUUGAUAGCGUAACAUUCAUUUCCUUCCAAGAAAAUUAUCAAACUGCCGAAAUAUAUUUCUACUCAUAUCAUGUUAUUCCACUCAAUAAAACAACAUGCAAUUAGUGUCAACCAGCUUCUUCCAAUUCUAUUCCCUAACGCAACUGCUUCUACUUAAAGCCUGGUUUCCAUAUGAUUGCUACGAUCGCUGUCAUCGCUGACAAAAAAAUAGUUCAGCGAUUGUAGCGAUCAUAGCGAUCAUAUGGAAAUGUCUGCAAUCCCUGGAAGGUGGUUUGCUUAUGAUCGCUAUUAUAGCUCCGAUCGCUGAACUUUUUUUUCUCAGCCAUCGCAGCCAUCACAGCGAUCGUAGAGAUAAUACGGAAACCACCCUUAAGUUAUGCAUCUUUACUAAAUAAAAUACAUUUCAAUAACUAUAUUACUUAGUAAGCAGGAAAGAUGCAUCACGUUGUUCACUUAUUCAUGUUUUAACUGCCGCAACGAAAAACGUCUGUUGAACUUUGUAAGCGAGAAAAUAAAGAUUGUUUACACGAUUAACAAUAUUCGGUACAACUUCCAAAACAAAUAAACUGCCUUUCAAACAUCUACAACCAAAGUCCAUAACUAAAUAUCAAUUAUUGUCUCACUGGAAGAGCUUUGAAAAUAUACGAUCUUUUAUACUCUACCUUGAAGAACGUGAGACACAACUCAUAAAUACUUGCGUUAGUACUGUUAACGAUAGCCGAAUUUGGUCAGAAAUGUCUUGAAGUAGCUUCAACACUAAAAUAUGAACCCUUAAACAGCUGCAUCACUGUACACAGCGUUUGAAUAAUGAAGAUAUUUAAUAUAAUGUUUCCACUGAAACACCUGUAGCCGUAAUAAAAGACGAAAAAAUUGUGAAGAAUAAAGAUGGCGGUCUCAAAGUGCCCUUGUUCGACCUUUACCAAUGUCAUGUUUAAGUAGAUGCUAAGAUCUCAUUGGUUCCUAAGCAUCAACUAAUAGUACCUUCAACCUUAUUGGCUCUUGCAACAAACAUCCGAACAUACAAUGUUACAAAGAUACAAAGUUACAAAGCCACAAAGAUAGAUACGCUCACACCACUGACAUAUGAGCUAUUUUUUCAACAUAGGCACGUUAAACGUGCAUGAGCUAUUUUGAAUGCUUCAGUGUAACCUUACCAAGAAUGAUGAAUCUACCUUUUUCGUCCUAAAUAUAGACUGGGUUUUUGUGCAAAAUUGGGUAUUGCCGUACAUAAAUGAAAACGCGAAACGCUCAGCUGCGUCGAUCCUCAUGCUAUAUAUUCACUUUCCUCUGUCUUUCCCUUUUCCAGAUAAAAGAAUGUAAUAAUAGGCCGCAAUUAUGAAAGAAGUCUAUACUUUGACCCAAAAAUGGGGAAAUGAGGAACUUAUAUUCUCAGCUACAAAAGGAAAUCACUUGCUUUUAAAUUGAUGCUUCGAAUUCGUCCUCAAAUUAUGUACAGUGAAAUUUUGGCUGGAUUUUCAAAGGCUUUGAGAAAAUGAGAUCGGGGGGGGAGGGGGGUGGGUACUGCCUUUUAUGGGCUAUAUAGGUAUGUGCUGCUGUGAAGGAUAUGGUUUUCAAGACGUUUACUCUAGGAUAGGGUAUAUAAAUCAGUGCGUUUGGGUCUAGAAUAGGGUAUCAUUUUUCAGGAAACUAAUCAGUUGGUUGAAGAUUUUAUCUAGACUAGGGAUUGUGGUAUAAGGUUUUGUUUUGGCUAGCUUGUGCUAGUGUGGCCUGCGAACGGCAGACGUUUCUUCUCGCUCAUCGCCGCUGAGGGACGUUUGGCGUGAAGGAACGUCUGCGACUCAGUGACAAAAAUUCCAUACUGAUGACGUACAUCAAUGUUUACAUAAUAAAACCGGUAGUCAUGGGGUUCCACAUGCAAAUUUGUUCAAUUUUACUUUCCUCCUGGUCGAUUUUGGAAAAGCGUUGUGUUCAUCUGCGAAUGAGCUCCAGUAAACUCAAAUGCUUCUUCAAGAGAAGACUAUACUCCACAAAUAUUGACUGUUUUGUUAGAGAUUCAUCGUGUUUACAUUUGACCUUUGUGGCCUUUUGUCUGUCAUUUGUCAAUAAUAGCUAGAACAAUGAAACUACUCCGUCGACCAAUUAGCGAUUCUGACCGGAUUCCGGACAGAUUUUGCGUCAUCAGUAUGGAAUUUCGGUCCCUGAGUUGCAGACGUUCCUCCUCGCGUAACGUCCCUCAGCAGCGAUAAGCGAGGAGAAACGUCUUCCGUUCGCAGGCUAGUGCUAGUGACCUCGGUAGUUUCUGGAAAACAGCUACUCUAGGAUAGAGGGGAUUUGGGGAGUUUACUCUAGUAUAGGGUAGCAAAAUUCAGCUGAACUAGCUCUGGUAUAGGUUAAGGGUUCCAGGUUCCCAGCGGCACAUCCCCACCCAGAAAUUCCUAAAGUACCCCCACCCCCGCCGGAAUGAAAUCCAGUCAAGUCAUGAAUUUGACACUCAAAUUUGAAUUUUAAUCUGCAAACGACAUAAAAAACUAUGCUUUCAAGUGGUAUUUAAGCUACAAACGUUAAAGAAAACAAGACGGUGGAAUUUCAUGCCGACGAAGACUCAAUCAUAUCAGAGGAAAUUUUCCCAGCACUUAGUUUUCUUUUCCCUUAGCUUUAUCAGAUGAGUCAGAAGAUUCAAGAACAAGCGCAAAGUCAAGAAAUCGAAGACAGGUUUUGAACGUGACUUCAGCAACCAUCAAUAUGCAUGACGUGCGUCAAGAAAUCACCAAACAGUUUGAACAACUAAUGCCCUCCAACUACUGUAAGUCACAAGAGAGGGUAUGCCCUGUAGGUCCCCCCGGACUUCCUGGUCCCAUUGGUGUACGAGGACCGCGUGGCAGGAGGGGACCUACAGGAAAGAAAGGUAACCCAGGUAGCUUUGGACCACCUGGAAAAUCAGGAAUGGCUGGACUUCCAGGAUCUAGAGGAGAAAAGGGUGAUAAGGGCGAACCAGGAAAUCCGGGACCACCUGGGAGGCCUGGAGAAUCAAUAUCUGCUCCACAAGUGAUGGUAUCACCUGCAAAUCACACUAGAGAUGAAGGAAGAACUACGGUGAUUUAUUGUACGGUUGGAGGAAACCCUACUCCUACUGUCGAAUGGCGAUUCAAGGGCAGAAAGCUCCUGUCGGGAGCAAAGUAUUUGGUUGAAAAAGCAGAGCUGAUCAUCAGAAAUCUGAAUUACAGCGAUGCUGGGCAGUACAAAUGUGCGGCAAGAAACAUUCUUGGAUCGUCUGAGGCGUCUGGUGAUUUAAAGGUUCGAGGUAAGAAGAACAAUAAGCUUUACUACUUUGAAAAUUGAAAACCCUUUUGCAAGGCCGCUGAUGUGCCACCAGAAUUUUUUCUUAUCAAUGUCAGGGAUGGGCCAUGUUUCCUGGCUGAUUGCUUAUCUUAUUAAACGUGUUUUGCAAUAGGGUUCUGUUACAUUGCUAUUGAGGGAGCAGGAAGUCCAGGAGGGCGACUACCACUAUAAAAAGGGUGAUGGUGUGUGUUAAAAGUGUGCGUGAUGAUCGUAAGCAACGGAUAGAAUUAAACUCUCGUAGGAGAUCUAUCAGAACGUAGCUCAAGCUUUAUUUGUCAAGUCAGCCAAUGAAAUAAGAGAUUUUAAGAAGAUUUCUUGCAAUGAAGAUGCUGUCAUUAAAUGAUUUAAUGAUUUCUCUUUUUUCUUCGUCUCUUAGGUCUUCCGAUCUUUACCAAAAAACCCUCACCACUGGUCUCAAAAAUGGAAUCCACUCAAAUACAAGAAACCUGCCAGGCAGAAGGGUAUCCACCUCCCAAGUUGACCUGGAUCAGACUUGUUAUGCCUUUACCUGCUGGAAAGACCGAAAUUAAGGAAGGUAAACUAACUAUCAGGAAUUUACGACCAGUGGACAGCGGUUUGUAUCAGUGCGUAGUAACAAACAGCUUAGGAACCAAGAAGGCCACGAUGAACUUGUUUGUGCAAAGUAGACCAGCAGGUUUGUAUAUAGCACGUUAUGCCGACCUUAUAUAUCAUGAUCAGUAAAAAUAUAGAACACCUAAACUCGCGUAAAGAAACUAAACAAGCGGAUAAAAUGAACUAUUAAUAAUAAAAACGCUUAAUUAACGCACGGAAAAAGAAAAAACAAAACGAUUUCUGAAAAAUUGUUACACUUUGAUCUAACAGAAUGUGACACGAAAAUGACGUCAUCGCACACUGCACCUUUAAACUUGCACUUACACCUACAGUCACACCUGUGGACCCACAAAUUGAAGCCUCCGUAUGUCCCUUGUUUCUUUAGUUCGAAUUAAGUAAACUUAUAACGUUUGUAACAGAGCACGUUAUGUACCAUAAAACGGUGCUACAAGGCUGAAUCAGCAGACAUCCAUCUUGCAAAGUAUGUACCAGUGCGUCUCAACAACGAGGAAGCAUAAAAUUCCUCCCACAAUUUAAGGUCCACAAAGGAUUUGUUCGGGCAACGACGUUUGUAAAGCAAGGAUAUCGUGCUCCAUCACUCCCAAUAAGCAGAGUCAAUUCACCUUGGCAGAGCACGUAUGUUAUACAACGUACAAUGGUGCCUUAAGGCUGAAAAAUCUGAGUCUCUCUACCCUUUCUUUCCUUCAGCUAUCGAAAAAACAAUAACACCAACACAAACAAACAGACAAAUGAACAUUACGAAUAGUUGAACACGUGAUUAUUUUUUUCCUAGCUAACUGUGAUUGCUAUCGCAGCCGGCUCGGAAGCUUGCCAGGAAGUGGCUGGGUAUACUUUGUCGGGAAAGUUGACGCAAUCGAUUUCCAGACAAGUGGUGACGUUAUUCUCUCAGGGUACCGUCUGUGGGGAGUCAACAGCGGCUCAACUAGUUUCCGGGUCACGAUUCGUUUGUACCGUAGAAGCAACUUGAUCGCUCAAAAGACUGGGUCCUAUGCUACCAGUUCCAGUGUCAAGACGUUUGAGAUGCAUUUUUCCCAAGUGAUUUCGAUCCGAGCUGGUGUCACAUACACUGCAACAGCUAGAAUAGUUACAAGUAGAAAGUCCUUUUAUCUCACGCAUGGGCGGGCAAGUGCCUCUUGUUCUGGUGUCACAGUAAACUUCAAGUCCUCCUCAAAAGACUCAAACGGUUCAAGCCAGUCGGAAGGUCAAAUACCAGCUUUAAUUUUCCGUUCAUCUCAGUGCUAA